AUGAGCACAGACGUCGCGUCUUCUAGUGUUGCCGACAUUACAUCCUCCGCGCCCCGGCGCAAAUCGGGACGCGUGCCCACUCAGCGCCAGCUCUACUCUCCCACAGGAAGCGCGAAGAGGAAGCGGGGAGAUGGAAAUGAUAGCGAUGUCGACAACAACGCACCCUCGUCGGAAGAAGAGGACUCAGAAAGCAGCGCCGACGAGGAAGAAUUGAAAGAGCGCCGAAAGCAGAGCAGAAAGAAGAGGAGCGCGACAGCUGCGAAGAAGCCUCCACAGAAGAAACCAAAGACCAAUGGGGAAAUUACUGGUCUUGCGAUUCGUCCGGCGACAAACACGAGGAAGAAGGCACCGCGAUCGCGAAAGGCGCCUAUUCGCAAGAGCGCGCUUGUCGAUCAGGACGCUGACGGCCUGUAUGCUGAGAUAUUUGCGCGUGGAACGCGCCUGAACGAUGUCGCCGCGCAAUGGAUCGGCCGUUUUCACGAACAUGAGGCAAAAGCUGUGGCGGAGAUUGUCAAUCUUGUCGUUCGGGCAGCUGGAUGCCAUGUUCAGAUCGACGAGGAUGAUAUCGCCGAACCAGACAACUGCCCGCAUAGGCUUGGAGAGCUUCAGGAUGAAUACAAUGCGGAGCAAGUAACAGACUAUCCGCUCAUAUCAAAGACCAAAGGCGCCGCUGCUUUUCGAAACGCGUUACACGAUUUUUUCAUCGCCCUAACGCAAACGAUAGCCCAGACUGGACUCAUGUACGAAGAGAAUCAGCUCAUGGAGAACAUACAGGUGUGGGUUUGCACCAUGACUUCCGCCACGAACCGCCCUUUCCGCCAUACCAGCACAGUAGCCGCUUUAGGGGUCACUUCUGGGUUAACGAGGAUCGCGAGCGACAUAGCAGAGAGCACGGCGAAGAUGAUGCGACAGAAGGAAACAGAGUCGAAGAAGUCGCGCGCAAACAAGUCACGUUUGGCCACGAUUGACCAAGAAGUGGAGGAGCUCAAUCAGAAAUUAGAGCACGUGAAGGCUCUGAUAACAGAUUGGUUCGACACCGUCUAUGUCCACCGAUACCGCGAUGUAGAUCCUAAGGUUCGAGUUGAAUGCUGCGAAGCACUGGCAGAUUGGAUCAUGACAUAUCCUGACAAAUUCUUUGACGGCCAACAUCUACGAUAUCUGGGUUGGAUACUUUCAGAUACCAACGAGGGCACACGCGCUGAGGUUCUGAAGCAGCUUUCGAAGCUGUACCAUGACAAAGACAAGCUUGCUGGUCUGAAGACUUUCACCGAGCGCUUCAGGGCUCGCAUCGUCGAAAUAGCCACUCGCGAUGCGCAUACCAACAUCCGGGCUAGCGCGGUCGAGCUGCUUGACAUCUUGCGCGAAGCCGGAUUUCUAGAGCCUGACGAUAUCGACACCGUGGGCAAGCUCAUCUUUGAUUCGGAACCGAAAGUUCGCAAAGCUGUUGUUGGCUUUUUUGCCGAGAACGUUAACGCGGCCUACGAACUUCAGAUUGAAGACAUGGGUGGACAGGAAGCGCUGGAUGAGGCACUUACCGAACCAGAUGACGAAGAAUACAGAAACGCCAGGCUUGAAUGGCUGAAGAUGAAGUGUCUUGUCGAGCAGUUAUUGUCUUACGAUGAGGACACUGGGCUGCCUUCGCAGAUCGAGCGUGUCACACCAUAUGGCGCUGAGCUAGGCUUGGUAGCUGCAGGCAUAGAGUCGCGUUUCUCCCUCGCCGCUCAGGCGCUGUACGACGCAAUCCCCGAGGUCUCGUCCUGGGAAGUACUGGCAGGCUAUCUUCUUUACGACCAUUCGCAGACAUCUACUGAUGUUGCAGGCGACGAUGCCGAGUCUAUGCUGCGACGGAAUUGUAAGCUGGAAGAGCACGAGGAAACGGCGCUUUUAGAUAUUCUGAAUGCCUCGGUCCGGAUACGACUGCAGCGGCUAGCCGAGACACAGAAAGACAAAAAGAGGACGAAAACACAGCGCACGCAGGACCAGAUUGAGCAAGAAGAUACAGCUAAAAAGCUCACGACUGUCAUCCCACAGUUGCUGAAGAAAUUUGGCGCGCUGCCAGAAGCUGCAUCCUUGUGUCUUCGCCUCGAGCGCGAGCUCAAUCUAGACGUGUUUCAGGAGCUACGACAGAACACUGCGUUGACGGCGCUGCUGGACGACAUCAACAAACAAUUCCUCACGCACAACAGCGAACGCGUUCUUGGCGAAGCGAUAAGCUCGAUACUGCAUGCUUUAAGCAAUGAUGAGCUUAGGGAGCUUGUCGACAGCAAAACCCAGUCUCUGUGGGAUGACCUCUCCGGGACAUUUGAUGCUUUGCGACGUGGGCGAGAUCUUUCGAUCCGUGGUGGAAUUGAACAGAAUAUUCUUGCCGGCAUUUCCAACAUUGUGUUGAAGAUGUCAGAGCUCGCAAAGGCCUCAGAACCGGCAGUCUUGGACCAGAUCCCCGCACCAACAAAGGCCAGGACCAAGAAUAAGAAGCCUGCUGCGUUGGACACCCCACCUAUGUCGGCACUGCUGGAAAUGCUCGACCGAGGCGUGCCUGCUGACGACUUAGAACCUGAAGUCGAUGAAGCUGAGGAUGCCCUUGUUCGUCAUACCAUGUCAUUAAUGCUUCCAUAUUUCCUCUGGAAGUGCAGAAAUUUCUCGACACGUAUUGAGGCCGGCACACGAAUACCUGAUGAUGAGCUUACGGUAGUAGCAGAACGACGAGACAUUUGUAUCACUGCGCUCAUGCGUAUCAUUGAAAGUAGGAAGGCUGCAGAUGAGCUUCGAGUCGAAGCAGCGGACCUUCUGCUUGACCUGUACAACCUGUUUCGGGCACUGAAGGCAAUGCAGGCGAAAGCUAGCAAGGGAGCAAAGAAACCGAAUGGACGUGCGUCUGAUGCGUCUGAUGAUUGGGAAGCCUUGUGCCAGGAGAUCGACGGCAAGACCGUUCGGCUGCUCCUACACAUCCUGACGGCCUUGGAGCAAAACCUCGCGAAGCGACUCCAGAAGCGGCUCGAAGGACCUGAUGUGGAUGACGACCCGAUCGAUGACGACGACGAACCCGAGAGCAGCGACGACGAAGGCGACGACGAGCAAAAGCAGAGUCAAAAACAGAUCCGCGCUUUACUCGCUGAGGAGCGCCUCUGCACCUUCGGCAGCCGCAUCGUGCACGGCGUACAAGUCGGUUCUCUCGACGCCGACGACGAGAAGACUGUGCGGACGCGGCUCGAGCGCAACAAAUCUAAGCUCACGCCUAGCUGGAAAGAAGUCGUCAGCCACCUUGAUGUCAAUAAGCACAUCAAGGGUAAAGGUGUGAAGAAAGCUCAGCCGGCAAAGGAGUCGGCGAAGGCUGCGAAGAGCAGAGCCAUCGUUGUCGAUGAUGUCAGCGAGGACGAGGAAGUGCAGGAUGAUCCGAUUGAAGAUGAUGAGAUGCCUGAUGCUGAUGCCGGAGCGGGAGCUGAGGUCGAAGAACAGGUCAAUGGCGAUGCGGAGAGUGCGAACGGGGAUGUGGAGAGGGAAAGUGUGCUGGGUGAUUGA